CUUGUCCCUUUGGGGUCCUCUCUGCUUUGUAGGCGCUUGAACGGAGCCUUACACAAAACAACAACAACUAAAAAGCGAUAGUUUAUUUUUACGGUGUUCUUUUGUUUACAUUCAAACACCCAGGUGGUUAAAGUAGCAAUUUUCCAUGGCUUCUACCGCCGCAUUGCUUUCGACCGCGGUGGAUUACUACAAUGAUGAAGAGGAGCUCGACAGCGUGGACGACGACGACGAGCGCAGCUUUCGAGGGAGAGACUCAGAAGAAGAUACGGAGGACGCCAGCGAAACAGACCUCGCCAAGCACGACGAAGACGACUAUGUGGAAAUCAAAGAGCAAAUGUACCAGGACAAGCUGGCCUCUCUGAAAAGACAGCUACAGCAGUUACAAGAAGGCACGCUGCAGGAGUAUCAGAAGAGAAUGAAGAAGUUAGAUCAGCAAUACAAAGAGAGGCUGCGCAAUGCAGAUCUCUUUCUCCAGCUCGAGACGGAACAGGUGGAGAGGAACUACGUCAAAGAGAAGAAGGCGGCGGUGAAGGAGUUUGACGACAAGAAGGUGGAGCUGAAGGAGAACCUCAUCGCCGAGCUGGAGGAGAAGAAGAAGAUGAUCGAGAACGAGAAGUUAACCAUGGAGCUCACGGGCGAUUCCAUGGAGGUCAAGCCCAUCAUGACCCGCAAGCUGAGGAGAAGACCCAACGACCCGGUGCCGAUUCCGGACAAGAGACGAAAGCCGGCGCCUGCGCAGCUCAAUUACUUGCUAACAGACGACCAGAUCAUGGAAGAUCUCCGAACAUUAAAUAAGCUCAAGUCGCCGAAACGAGCAGUGUCGCCGUCGUCUCCGGAGCACGUGCCCUCGGCGCCCAUGGAGUACCCCGUGCAGCGCUUCGAGGCCCGCAUCGAGGACGGCAAGCUCUACUAUGACAAAAGAUGGUACCACAAGAGCCAGGCCAUCUAUCUGGAGUCCAAAGACAACACCAAGAUCAGUUGUGUCAUCAGCUCGGUGGCCACCAACGAGAUUUGGGUGAGGAAGACCAGCGACAGCACAAAGAUGAGGAUCUAUCUGGGACAGCUGCAAAGGGGAGCCUUCGUCAUCCGGCGGCGGUCGGCAGCGUGAACCCCCCCCAACCAAAAGUGUAAAUUGUAAAUUCAUCCAAAUGUUCAUUAUGUUUGUUUCGGCAGUUUUGUCAGAUUUGAUUCCUUUUCAUAAAUAAAUCCGAUCAAGUGUUUUUUUAACUCA